AUGAGUACUGCUAUCAUUCCUCAUUGGAAGACCGUCGCCGAAAAUGCAAGUAACCAGUCUCACAAGCGCUAUCACAUGAAAAUGGCCGCUAAUAAACCGCAGAAGCCCAACUCGGAGUCGUACACCUACGCCACUCUCUUUGGAAACGAGGCCAAGCCAGCUGUGCGAGCAGUAUUCGACACCAUGGAGCUUGCAGAAAUGAUCUUGGGAGAAAUCUGCAUGCGAGACCUGCUCAUCAGCGUCCAAAGGACCUGUAAACAGUGGAAGUCCAUCAUCGACGCAAGCUACAGACUUCAAGAAGCGCUCUUCUUCCGCCCGAUCAACAAGAAGCGCUUAGUGUACUGCGGCAAUACUGAAGAUGAGCGUAUCUCAGUCGUGGUCGAUCGCAAGCUCAUUGCAGAUGUCCCCGAAGAGGCAUCGAACCCAAUCUACGAACAUCCAAUCGUAACCAACAAGUGCUCAAAAAUCAGAAAGUACAAUCCAUUCCCGGCACGUCAAGCGAUGGAUCACCCUCAGGCUUCCUGGCGACGCCAACUCAUUACGCAGCCUCCUCUUGCUGAACUGAACUGGUGGUACUUCGAGGGUGAUGUGCGAAUUACCAAGACUGUGCGUGCGAGUUCUUCAAUCGGAGUCACUUUAGGUGACUUCGCGAACGGAAUUUCUUUGCGAUCCAGGUAUUAUCAUGAGCGGUGGUCGUGGCAGAGGGCUGAUUGGGAUCAUGCUCCGGCUGUGGCAAAAAUCGAGCCGGCGAGGAAGUCUGCAUACACUGAAGGUCAGUGGGUUGCGGAGUAG